AUGCUGUCCGCCUUCCGCAGCGCGCUCAAAACCUUCGCCGUGUCACCGCAAACCUUCCUCCAUCUCCCGCCCUUGCCGCCAUCAGCAUCAUCAGCAUGCACACACGUGCACGUCCUCGACUCCUCGUUCAACCCGCCGACGCUGGCGCACCUCUCGCUCGCUUUGUCCUCACUCUCGUCACUCUCCGCCCACCCCCACCCCACACCCACAAACCCUAGCAACACACGGCUCCUGCUCCUCCUCGCGACGCAAAACGUGGACAAGCCCACGUCGCCCGCGCCCUUCGAGGACCGGCUAGCGAUGAUGGCGCUCCUGUCGCGGUCCCCGGCCAUCUCCGUGCCCGUGGACAUAGCGCUCACGAAGCACGCGCGGUUCCUGGACAAGGCGCGCGACUUGGCGGAUGCGUAUCCCGGCGCCGAGCAGGUGUACCUCAUCGGCUACGAUACGCUCAUUCGCCUGCUAGAUGGGAAAUACUAUCCCACGGGCAUGGGGGAGCUGGCGAAGUUUUUUAAAAGGAACCAGGUGGUCUGUACCAUGAGGGAGGGUGCCUGGGGGGAGCAAGGGCAGAGGGAGUUCUUGGAGAGUGUGAAGAGGGGCGAGAGGGAGAAGGAGGGGUGUAGGAGGGAGUGGGCGCAGAGGAUUACGCUGGUUGAGGGGAGGGAGGAGGGGAGGGGCGUUUCUUCGACUAAAGUUAGGGAGGCGGUGAAGAGCGGGGAUGUUAACGCGCUGGAGAGGCUGCUGACUAAAGAGGUCGCCGAGUAUGUGCGGGAGAGGGGGCUCUAUACUGAUGUGUAGAGGGCCCGCGGGAUUUGUAGAUGUGGCUUGCGGGUGUGUGGGGAUUUAUACGGCGUUAUGCGAUACCGGGAGUGUGCUAUUUGCAGAUAUUGCGGACUGAAAUCAUGGAGCUAUGGAAGUACGUUUGCCAUUGACAUCCUCACGGGUUGCUGUAGGAUUGUAGCAUCCAUCGGCGCUU